ACAAAGUGGGCUGCAAUGAAUGUCUGUGGAAAACAGCUUUUAGUGAAACAUUUCUAUACAAGUACAGUAUCACAAAAGAACAUUUUUAAUGAUUUUAAAAUAAGUUUUAAAUGAACACAAAAUGCAAUGUAAAUGCAUGCACAACUAAUAACUAAUAUCAUCACGCUAUAAAGGGUUGGCCUGCGCUGGGUGCGCCCCUCCCCCUAUAACUGUUCUGUCUCCUGGCGGAGCUCAUUUGUAUGAACACGCAUAGGAAAAAAGAACGAUAGAAAGAACGGCUCCUCUCCAGUCGCGACUCGGCUCCCAUCGUUCAUGUUUAUGAGCCGUUCAAAAGAAUCGGUUCGUUCGCGAACGUCACAACUCUAAUGCUAACAACAAUGGAGGAGAGGUUAAUAGCAGCGGUGUCCGACUAUCCCGAGUUAUACAAUUCUACAAUAAAUUCAUACAAAGACGUUGCUAGAAAAGCCAAAGCAUGGAGAGCCGUGAGUCUGCAAGUGGAAAUUCCUGAAGAGGACUGUCGCAGGAGAUGGAAGAGUCUGCGGGACAUGUUCAUCAAAGACAAGCGUGCAGAGCAGCGCCGGCGAGCCUCGGGAACGUCCCAUCGCAGCUGGAAGUACAGCUGGCAGAUGUCAUUCCUGACGCCCUUCAUCCAGUCCCGAUCGCUGGCCAGCGACGAGCCCGAGGAGGACCGAGACGAAGAGGACAAGGAGGACGAGAGCCCGGCGGACGGGAACUCUGCGUUCGGCGUACAAGACUUUGAGGGCGAUCACGGGAUGCUGGACACAUCCUCACACUACUCCGCGUCGGGAUCGCAGGGUUCGGGACGCAAGAGGAAGUGGCAGAUGGAGGCCAACGAGGACUUGGAGGACGAGAUGUUCUUGUUUAGUUUACUGCCGUAUCUCAGACGGCUUCCUUACGCCAAGAAGAGCGCCGUCAAAUUAAAAAUUCACCAGCUGUUGUAUGAGGCCGAGUUUAAGUGAUGUUCUAUAGUUUCUUAAUAUUUUUCUAUCGUUUAUUGAAAAUCUAUCCAGUGCAUUUUUUUAACAUUCAUAACAUAUUGUGUCGAUGCCGGUAGAUGUUUGUUUCAUCUGAGAUCAGUGAUUAAACAGACAUGUGCACUAUGA